AUGGAGAAGAGUACAUCUGUGAGUUUUUCGCAGUUUACACAAGAACAGAUCAAGAAAUUAAAGGAAGCAUUCCAGUUGAUUGAUGAUGAUGGGGAUGGAGUAAUAUCAGAAACAGAUCUAAGCAAGAUCCUAAAAGGUUUGGGUAUGCCUAGUGAUGAAGACAAGAUUAAAGAAAUGAUUAAUGUAGCACCCGAUGAGACAGUCACUUUUCCAGGGUAUCUGUCAUUGAUGAGUGAAACUAUAGGCGAAAUGCCAGAUACAGCGGAGAUCCGUGAAGCAAUGAAAGCGUUUUCUGAUGAGGAAGAGCUAUUAUGCGAUGCUAGCGAGCUAGAACGGUGUUUGAAGGAUGUCGGAUUUGAUGAUAGUACAAAAUUGGACCGUGUCCUUAGACAUUUCUCUACUAAACAGGUAUCUGGAGAACGCGUGUUUAAGGGAGCAAAGUUCAUUCAGGCUAUAAGCGAGUAG